GCACGUUCUUUCCUAAUGAUGCCAGAUGUGUGGUCGCUCGCUCCUGUAUAAGUUUGCUGUGACUUUUCCUGGAUGCACUUGCCUCUGAGGACUCCUGCUCAUCACAAUGAAAGUUCUUCUGGGCAGCCUGGUGGUUUUGGCUGCCUUCGUGACUGUAUGCAGUGCCCAGUGCUAUAUCAUGCCUAAGACAAACUUUCCAGAUGAUUCCUCUAAUGAAUGCAAGGAUGCCAAUGGAGUCACACACCCACUGAACUCAAGGUGGAAGACUGAAAACUGUGAGGCGUGUUUUUGUAGCCAAGAAGGAAUUGACUGUUGCAGCAUCGUUGCUACACCUGUGAAUUAUGACACAGUCAAGUGCGAGAAAAUCUUCAACAAGGAGACCUGCAGCUAUACAGUGGUGGAGCAGAAGGACCCGGAAAAGACUUGUGAUGUCGGUGGUUGGAUAGUAUAAUGUGCUUCUAGCAUGCCUGGGUCUCCCAGCCAGAGGGGGCCCAGGUCAAGCCUCCUUGUUCUAUGGUCUCUAACAGUCUCUGAUUGUGUAACCCUUCCUAUCAGUAAAACAAUAAUGAGCAAAGACUUGAAUAUGUGUAUACUUUCAACUUAUAAAUUAUGUAUGCAUUGAUAUAAUGCACACUAUAGAGCAUGCAAACAUUUAAUGGAAGAGAGAAAAAAUAAAUAUGAAUAAAAGUUAUAUUUUUCCCUAUA